CACAGGCCCAAAUUUCUUCUAGAAAGCUGGAUCUAAAAUUCAGAUUAACUGCUUGCUUUCACUUUCGGCAAUCACUCCGGCGAACUCUUGCUUCAAACUGCUUACUUUCCGAAAUUUGCAGCAAAAAUGGAUUCCUCAACACUGCUCUUCAACCAGCUCAAGAAAGCAGAGCCAUUUUUCUUACUAGCAGGUCCCAAUGUGAUUGAAUCAGAGGAUCACAUUCUUUACAUGGCCAAACACUUGAAAUAUAUCACUUCUAAACUUGGGUUGAAGUUUGUGUUCAAGUCGAGCUUUGACAAGGCUAAUCGCACUUCCUCUAAAUCAUUCCGCGGUCCUGGCUUAGCUGAAGGCCUGAAGAUCCUUGAAAAAGUGAAAACAAUGUAUGACGUACCCAUUGUUACUGAUGUUCAUGAAUCUAGUCAGUGCGAAGCAGUUGGCCGGGUUGCAGAUAUAAUUCAGAUUCCUGCUUUCUUAUGUCGGCAGACUGACCUACUUGUCGCAGCUGCCAAAACUGGAAAAAUUAUCAACAUUAAGAAGGGCCAAUUUUGUGCUCCUUCAGUGAUGGCAAAUUCUGCUGAAAAAGUGAGAUUGGCUGGAAAUCAAAAUGUCAUGGUGUGUGAGAGAGGAACUAUGUUUGGCUAUA